CCAUCUCAGGGAACAGUAGCUCAGAGGUUUAGGAAGAUGCUGACUUAAAUGUCCAGGGCACCCCAGUCUGCCAACAUGGCUGAAAUGCACAGUCCCUAUUCUUCUUUGAAGAGACUGUUAUCUUUCCUCAAUGGCUUCAUGGCGAUGUCUGGUGUGACCCUCAUUGGCCUAGGCAUCUAUGUCAAGUUCAGCGGGGCUUUCCUCACAAGAGGCCUCGGGCUGCCCUCUGCAUGCCUGUUCCACACUGGCUCCCUGUGCCUGGUGAUGGGCUGCAUCACGGUGCUGCUUGGCUUCGACAGGUGGUAUGGAGCAACCAAAGAAAGCAGAGGCACUCUCUUGUUUUGCUUCUUGUGCAUGGUUGUCACUCUCACUGUGGAAAUCGCGGUCGCCACAGUGGUCCUUGCCGUCCUCCCAGGUGUUGGAGAAAGAGCCCUGGAACACCCCUUGGUGACCCCGAAGAAUUACAGAGGUUACAGUGAGCCAGGUAACUAUUCCGCGGGAUGGAACUUGGUCACAGAGAAUCUGAAGUGCUGUGGGGUGAAGAACUACACAGAUUUUUCUGGCUCUUCCUUUGAGAUGACGACUGGCUACACCUAUCCAAGUAGUUGCUAUAAAUCCAUCGGGACCAGGGCCUGGGACUGGCACGUGUCCACAGAUGUCAUCCACCAGAUGGUAACUCCAGAUUUUGUUGGCGAUCACCAUGGUAGACCCCAGGUUGUGAGUUCAAUCCCCGGUCAGGGCACAUACAAGAAUCAACCAAUGAAGUCAUGA